AGACGGGGAUUUUUUUCCAUCAGGGUUAAACCGCAACUUGACCCUUAACCAAGGAGUGCAGAUAAAUCCACACUGAAGUGAAAGUACACGUAAUACGAGAGUACUAUGAGCUGGCGUUGAAAAUACCAUGUACUAGUUACACAGAGCUGUUUGAUAAUUGUCGCAGAUUGUCAGCGGAAGAAAAUGAGCUACUUCCAAUCAGAAAACGAUGAAGAAUUAUCAAAAGCCUAUCAUGAAAGUUUCAAAACAAGAAGCUGUUUGCCUCUACUGAAAGAAGAACUGAAAUGCAAAAUACAGUACAGAAGAUUGUCUCGAGGCGAAGGAGAAAUGAAAGUUGAAUUCGAGAAACAGAAAGAAUAUAAGAUGACGUCAGAAGAGGUACAAAAACGGAACAAGCGCCUGAUGCAGAAUCGCCUCUCGGCCUGGAAAAGACGGGUCAAUGACAAAAAAUACGAAGAAGAAUUACUAGAGAGGAUCAGAAGACUCGAGAAAGAAAAUUCAAAAAAAGAGGAAGAAAAGAGAAAUCUCGCCCAUCAAAAAGAUCUUCUGUGUUUUUUAAUGUCGAAUCAUAACUGCCGCCUAAAACUAGGUUUAAGGCCAUCUUGUACGAAAUUUGUAUCUUUGCUGAAGAAACCCAGUGCUCAGGGUGUUUUAAUAACCUAGGAAUGACGAGAAACAAGAGGAGCAAUUUAUGUUUUAUGAGUCUUGAAUAUGUUUAAAGUAAUCUAUUGAUAGUGCUUCUGUGAUGAUCAGAAUGAACUUAUCUCUCGUUGAUGAUAUGCAAUGAUAUUUUCUUCAUUGAAUUAUCAUAGGAAUCCGUGUGCAAGUCACGACUUCGAGGGAAAAGAUCAGUUCUAUAAUUCAUUUUAAAGAAAAUGAUAUACAUUAUAUUCAGAUUGACAUGGAGCAAACCUUUGAUUAUUUUUUGGGGUAGACAUUUACUGGAAUUUUCUAUCACGUUUGCAAAAGAUUUUGAAAUUGAUAUGAAACAGUUUUUAAUAUUGUAAGCACGAGCAAAAUAUGCAAGUAUUUACUCAACAUUAACUCCAAUAUAAUCCUAAAUGAUAAAAAACAAAACGUUUCAAUGAAAAUGAGGAAAGUCUGAAAACGGUUAAAAGACGUGAAAUUAUCUGGAUAAUAUACAGCGUAUUUUUAUUUGUAAACAUUGUAUAAUUACAGUAAGCAUAUACGUUCCAACUUGAUUGGUUACUUAAAAAGCCGAACAUUGAAAAAUUCCUCGGUAAGAAGUCGUCUUCAUUCAUGCAUGUAUAUGCAAGUUUAAAUUCAGAAUGAAUGAUAAGUCAGAAGAAAAUAUAAUGAACUGUAAAUAAAGGAAACCUACUUGGAUUUCAUUUUCAAA